CAUCAUCAAAACAUCGUGAAAAUGACAGCCGAAGCUCCUCCAAAGUACAUCUACAAGAUCGUUCCAGAGGCUCCCGCAGAGCCGUUCCCAAAGGAGCAUCCCUUGUCGGAGCUUGAUAGAAACGAUGGCUUCAUUCAUCUAAGCACAUCUACUCAGGUACCCAAAACCGCCAACUUAUUUUUCAACAAAGCAUCUUCACUGUGGAUAGUUAAGCUGGGCUUUGAACAAUUCACUGGAUCUAUCAAGUGGGAGGAUGGAUUUCCUCACCUGUAUGGCAACUUUGGAGCAGACAAUGUUGACUCUGUCGAGAAGUUUGUCAGGGCUGAAGACCAAACGUGGGGACAAGUCAUGGAGAGCUCAAGUUGGUUGGAGUAA